AGGUUUAUCAAGAAAAAUAUCUUCAAUUCUUCUGAAAGCAUUGAACUCAACCCUGGCAGAUAAGAACGCAGUCAGCACAUCAUGGCGUCUGGAAAGACACCUGCAGAAAACAUGCUAUGGGGUGGACGCUUCACAGGCGGCCUCGAUUCCCUCAUGCACAAAUACAAUGCGAGUAUUGGGUACGACAAGCUCCUGUAUAAGGAAGAUAUCCUCGGCAGUAUUGCGUUUGCGCGCGCAAACGCUAAAUCUGGCAUCAUAUCCAACAACGAGUUCACUGAAAUCGAGAGAGGUCUUCGGGAGGUUCAGAAGGAGUGGGAGGCAGAUACCUUCGUCAUCAUGCCUAAUGAUGAAGAUAUUCAUACUGCCAAUGAGCGCCGGCUCAGUGAGAUUAUUGGCAAGGACAUCGCCGGCAAACUACACACGGGUCGCAGUCGCAAUGAGCAGGUUGUCUGUGAUAUGCGUCUGUGGCUUCGCAACCAGAUCCAGCAGAUUGAGAGCCACCUAAUUGCCUUCAUUGAGGUUAUUGCCGGCCGCGCUGAAGCCGAGUGCGGCAUUAUCAUGCCUGGAUAUACCCAUCUCCAGCGUGCCAUGCCGGUUCUGUGGUCGCAGCAUUUGUUAUCAUAUGGCUUUUACUUUGCGAGCGAUCUUGAGCGGCUGCGCGAGACUUCAAAGCGGGUAAAUAGGAGCCCACUUGGUUGUGGUGCCCUCGCUGGCAAUGGCUUCAAUAUCGAUCGCGAUAUGAUGGCUGAGGAGUUAGGCUUUACAGGCCUUCUCUGGAACUCCAUGAAUGCUGUUGGUGACAGAGAUUUUGUCACUGAGUUUCUACAAUGGGGUAGCAUGCUCAUGCAACAUAUUUCUCGAUGGGCCGAGGAUCUUAUUCUCUAUUCCUCUACAGAGUUCGGCUUUAUUGCUCUUGCUGAUGCUUAUUGUACUGGAAGUUCUUUAAUGCCGCACAAGAAGAACCCAGAUGGCCUAGAAAUCUUGCGAGGAAAAGCUGGUCGAGCAUUUGGCCAUAUGGCUGGCCUCAUGAUGACUCAGAAGGGCCUACCUAGCACAUACCAAAAGGACUUGCAGGAAAGUUGGGAACCUAUGUUGGAUCAUGUGAAGACCAUCUCUGAUAGCCUUCAGAUCGCAAACGGUAUCCUCAAUACCCUUACUGUUAAGCCAGAGCGGAUGAGGGCUGCCCUCGAUCCAUUCAUGCUGGCUACUGAUCUUGCUGAUUAUCUCGUACGAAAGGGUGUACCCUUUCGUGAGACGCACCAUAUCUCUGGGCGAUGUGUCGCUAAGAGCGAGGAGCUAGGUAUCCCGAUGAACGAGCUCUCACUGGAGCAACUCCAGGCUAUUGAUAGCCGGUUUGGGGAGGAUGUUUCACACACGUUUGACUAUGAGAGAAGCGUCGAGUUGAGAUCAGUCAAGGGUGGUACUAGUCGGGCACGCGUCCUGGAGCAGGUCAAGGUUCUUAAGGCUAUGCUAGCUUAGAGAGGCAGUAGGAGAGCUUGAGCAGAGUCUUGUUGUUCAUCAGGAGUGAAGGCGACAUAUCGGGAAUGUGGACUUGUUGCGAUUUCACACUUCUAAGGCUUAAACUUGUCUGCCAUCCAGUAGCGGUUGUGCGAUCAGAUAAUUUACGGCGCUUGCGUCGUGGUGGCCGGGUAUCCUACUCGCUGUCGUUGUCCCGGUAUGAACUGAGAACCUCUUCCUCGACAUCCACAACUCGCCAGCGGAGACUUACAUCGCGUCGAGAGUUCGUUUUACGGCUUUUGCGAAGAGGCUGGUGAAUGUCAUUGUCUUCGUCUGAUCGCAAAAUUUCCGUUUUGUUAGGAUU